AUGAUUUCUUUGUCUCAGAUGAUAUCUAAACAUCUCGCUUUUUUUGACUUCUUAUCAUGUGAAACGUCAACCCAUGAUUUCUCUUUUCUAUCUCUCUCCCUCAUUCUCUCUCUCUCUCUCUCUCUCUCUCUCUCUCUCUCUCUCUCUCCCUUUCUUUAUCUCUUUCCUUCUAUCUUUCUCUCUCUGUCUCUACCUCUGGUUGAAAACAGCCAUUCUCUCUCUUUCUACCUAUCUCUCUCUCAUACACUCUCUUUCAUAGAUUAUCUCUCACAUAUACUCUCUCUCACCCUCUUUCUUUCUGUUUCUUUCUUUUUCCCUCUCUCUUUCUUUAUCUUUCUCUGUCUCUCUCUACCUUUCUUACUCCCACUCACUUUCUCUAUCUCUCUAUUUCUAACUGAGAUUCAAUUGUUUGAUGACUUCAUCCUCGACUCAUAUACAAACGAGGUCGGCCAAAUUUCGCUUUGGGCUGAAACAACUCUCUCCUUCUCUUUCUCUUUUUCUCUCUCUUUCUCACUUUCUCUCUCCCUUUUUCUCUUUCUCUCUCACCCACUCUCGUUCACUUUCUCUCUCUCUCUCUUUCUUUUUUUUCUCUUACCCACUCUCUCUCUCUCUCUAUUAACCCUGAGUUAA